AUGACUAAUGUAUUCAACCGAUGUUAUAUUAGAAUUCGAGCUAUUUUGGAAACAGAUUCAAAAAUAAUCUUCGGUGAAUUUACAAAAGCAUUGGGACCUGAUACUCCAUCAUAUCCAAUGGUCAGAAAAUGGGCGAAACGUUUUCGUGAAGGAAGAGAAGAUCUCAGCGACGGUUCUCGAUCUGCUCGUCCGAUUUCAGUGCUUAUAGAUGGAAAUAUUGAGCGCGUACGACACAUUAUCGAAGAUGACCUAUAUUCAACUUAUAAUGAUAUCACGGUUGAGACUGGCCUAUCUCGUGGUACAAUAGAAUGA